AUGCACGCCCUAGCGAAUACAGAGAUUCUGAACUUUGGUCCCAUGCUAUGCCCACGCGAUACCAUGAUGAAGAAGGCAUCGUUGUCAGCUCAUUGGCCUACUAUGCAUGUAUCUACGAAGCCUCGACGUCUUGCGCUUUCCCCGUCGUCAAUCAAGCCACAGUGGCUUGCGCUGUACCCGAGCUACUAUGAUCUGGAGACGGGCGUGUACGAGUACCAACGUCGCGUAUCCUGGCUGGAAUCCGCGCUGUUGCAGUUACCCGCCUCCCUGCGAUGGGCGCUCACGCAGCGAUACCAGCUACGUCUCUCUACGCCAGCCAAUCUUCCUGCGUCUUUUCGUAUCGAGGUUCAAGUGCCGGACGAUGUGUUGAAGAGAGAUCGGGCGGAUGCACCUGAUGCUUUCCAGCCGCCUGCUUUCCCUUGCGAGCUCCUUUUGGCUCGUAUUACCGUGCACACGGACAAUGUACCUAUCCCGCUGGACCCACGAACGCCCCACUCGUCUACACUGGGCGCAUGGGCCGAGAAGACGUUCGGCUGGCUCGCACCGCGCACCUCCGCACCGCCUACGAUACCUGUGGACGUAACGUUUGAGCGAUUAUACCUUGGAUUUCUCCCGGGCUCUACGAUCCCGAUGGUGCUGAGCCUCGCGGCGCUUCUAGGACUCUUGCCGCUUGGCCUCGCGCCCGUGCGCCGUCGUCUUUCGCGGCCCCGGCCUUAA